AUGGACGCUCGAUCGAAGCCACAGGCAUUCCUGUCUACAUAUGCGCCGCGCAUCCGGAGUUACAAUAAUUCCCUCCUGACACCGGUUUUACAGAGCGCGGGACCUACCGGCCCCGUCUCGCGAACGACAAAGCGCGGAACAACCAUCAUCAACUACGCCGAAGAUGGCUACGACGAUAUCGACGAGGACGAUGAUGACAGCCGACGUCGCCCUACGGGUCUGCGCAGCUUGAGAAGAGAAGAUACCGCGAACAGGCAAGAUCUGUCCGACAAGGCGGGGAAGGAUACGAACGAGCCCGUGGAGGUCCAGGGCAUCUGGAGGGAAUGGUUUGGUAAGGGGCGCCAGGUUCGCAACGACCAGCAGACCUCCGCGCAAGCCGACCUGCCCUUGACGCUGAUUCCCAUCCGAAUUGAACUGGACAUCAAGGAAUUCUCUCCCCGAGUGCCAUUCCCCUUGGGCGCGCAUCACAACGUCGACACCAGCCUCCCUCAAUACCGAGUACCGGAAAUGACGCCUCCGUACCGACUGCGCGACAACUUCCUGUGGAAUCUGCACGAGGCGGUCAUUACCACUGACCAGUUUGCGACGACAUAUGUCCAGGAUUUAGACUUGCCGAACCACCAGCUAUUGGUUCCUGAGAUCUCCAAGCAGAUUCGGACGCAACUCGAGGAGUACGCUGGCGUUGCCUUGCACCCGCUGUUUCACGCGCAGUCACAAAACCCUGGCAACAACGAGACGCUCAAGGCAGGCUCUGCGGCCAACCGCGACGAUUCCCCCACUCCUGCUACCCGAGCCAUCAGCCGCUCCGAUACCCCUAUGCAGAAUGGCGGCUUCGGGACCCCGCUCAGGACCAAAGAGGUGACUUCGGCACCGGAUGUCACGGCGCAUGCGAGUCCCGUACCCGUUGAUUCGGAUGAAUACGACCACGACGAUGCUUACCGGUGCAUCGUAACGCUGAACAUCAACCUCCAGUCGACGCUGUACACGGACAAGUUCGAGUGGUCCCUGCUGCACCCCCCAGGAAUGCCGGAGGCGUUUGCGGCCCAAACGUGCGAGGACCUCGGAUUGACCGGCGAAUGGGUUCCUGCUGUUACUCAUGCCAUCUACGAGGCCGUUUUGCGGUUGAAGAAGGAAGCUUGUGAAGCUGGCGGUCUCGUCAUGGGAUGGAACGGCCUACGCGAAUUCCCCAACGACGCUACAGCCGGAGCUGAUGCCGGAUGGCGGUACGAUCCCGAAAACCUGGGAGAUCCUUGGGAGCCCAAAGUAGAAUUCCUCACCAGGGAAGAGAUUGAGAAGCGCGAGGGAGACCGGGAACGACAAAUCAGACGACUUCGCCGCGAAACUGCUCGAUUCAGCUCGACAACUGGUUUGGUUGGCGGUGUACCAUUCUCCGGCUUUGGUAACGUGGUUGAAGCCCCAGAAGAGGAGCGCAUGGGCAGAGGCGAGCGAUCGAAGAAGAAGCGCCGCUUCCGCAGUCUCAGUCCGCUUGGCCGAUCUGGAACGCCCGGUGGACGUGGAACACCGGAUGUUGGAUCUGGUUAUGGCGCUGGAAGUGGCUUGACGGACCAGGAGCGUCUAACGUGGAGAUGCUGGCAUUGCGCUCUCUGGGGCACAAGCGUGUGGGCAGUAAGACCUGGUCCUGGUGGACCGAGAACACUAUGCCAAAACUGCGGCUUGCUUUAUGAGCGGGACGGCAAGCUGCCCCGUCAAACGAAGAACAUGCACCUUACUGUCAUCAGAACAGCGUAA